UUUUCUUUGCUUCCUUAACAGGAGUAACAUUCUUAAUUCUCCCUUUUUUUUAUGUGAAAAAAGAAAGGAACGGCAAGGAAAGGACACAAGCAUAGUCUUCUUGAGUUGUUUCUCUUCCAUACAACUCUUGCUGCCCAAAUAGUGACUGGGAUACUUGAGGAAUAUGACCAGUUGUGGUCCUUGUGGAACGCACCUCGUGGUUGAUGAAGCCACUGAAUAUCCGUGGCGUGAGAUCAUGAAAGACAUCUAUCAACACUCAAUCAAAACUUGAAUGCGGCAUUAGUUAUUCCAUCCAAUCAACUGGUAAGUUCUGUAAUUGCUAUUUAUUUCAUUAAUCUACCCCCAAAUUCAAUUUUCUCUCAUAUAUGCUCUAAAUUAGUACUUGAAUGCGUGGGUUUAUUUCAUUAAUCUACUCCCCAAUCUCGAUCCUCUAUUCUCUUUUCUUAAUCUUUCUUUUUUUUCGUUUGAGAUUUCAAAACGUUCCUUCAUGUAUAGUUGAAUCAAUUUGUUGUUUAUGAAAAAAAAAAGGAGAUUGUCAAAGGAAAAAAAGGGUUGAUUUCAAGUGGGUAACUAAGUAAGGGUAAAUUUCUCUUUUUCAAAACCUUGUAAAAUUGAAUUUAUUUUCUAGGGUUUCUGAUUGCAUUUUAUUUGCUUGAAUUUAAUGAUGCUUGUUGAUUGUUGUAUAUGUGUUGUGAUCUAAUAUCUUUAUGUGUGGUGCUGCGAUUUCAUAGCUGUAGUAAUUUUGCACAUUAUUAUUCUACAUACAAGAUGAUGAAGCUAGUGAACAUUCGUUUAUACUUUGGUGGGUUUUUUUUUACCAAAAACUGCAAAACUAAAUAUAGACAUUUAGGACUUAGCUUGCACCCAAAUGUAGAAGAGGUUUGUUAUUUUGAAAUGGCUUAUUGGAUUAGAAAUGAGCUAGGCUAUGCUGAUGUUGGUAGAAUUUGGUACAAGAGGUAUGGCUACACUAUGUUUGCAAGUAUGGUAGAAAUCAAGGAUGACAAGUGCAUCCCAGAUUUCCUUCAAAGCACUGAACCUGAUGGUUGGUACCAUCUUUAUGUUGUUCAUGGGGGUGAUGACAGAGGUGAAGAAAUCAUUAAGAAAAAAUCAAAAAAAAAUGCCUAAAGAAGAUGUGGCAAAUGACAUGGACAUUGAUGAUGAUGUGUGCAGAUUAGGUGAUGACUUGGACAUAGAUAAGGGUGAAGUGGGAGACAAGGUUGGUGGUGAUGUGGAGAGUCCAAGUAGUCAUUUGAAAAGGGGACCACCACUAAAGGACAAGGUUUUAAAUGUGUCAUUACACUCAAACCCUAGAUCUAAAACACAGACAACUAUCCAAACCCUACUUCAAUGCUCUGAACACCUUCCACAAACAACAAGUACUCAAACACCAAAUACCCAAACAACAAGUGCACAGACUUCACAAAAUAGUAACUACAGAGUUGGUUCUGGGAAUGACUCAGAGGAUGAUGAUGAUACUGAUUUGUUUGCAGAGAAUACAGAGUUUGGUUUGGAUAAUGUAGAGUUAGGUGAUGAAGAACUUAGGCGGAUUGUGGAUAAGGAGGUGAAUGAGGAAAGAAAUAGGGAUGUCUACUACAAUGAAGGUGAUGAGGAAGUAUGCAGUGAUGAUGAAGAGACUUUGAAGGACCAUGAGGAGGGGAAAACAUCAUAUCCAACCUUCAAUGCUGAGGUUGACUUCAAAGGUAAAAUUAAUCUGCCCCUUGGCUUGAAAUUCCCUUUCAAUUCUGUUUUUUAGAAAAGCUUUGAGGUAUCAUGCCAUUGAAAGUGGAUAUAACUAUUAUUACUUGCACAAUGGUAGUACUAGGGUGACUGUGUAUUGCUACAAUAGAUGUGAUUGCAAGAAAGAAAGAACUAGGAUAGUUAACUAUGUUUGUGGGACAAAGAAGAAGUGCAGCUUUAAGGUUCAUGCAAUUAAGUUAAAGGAAGAAGAGACUUUUCAGAUCAGGACAUAUAUUCCUGAUCACAGUUGUGGUCACCAACAUCACA